AUGGUAGGGUGUUCUGCAGUGGUCAAAAGGUUACCUGCACAUUUGCAAACUGUUCAUGGUUUCAGUCCAAAGUCAUCAAAGUACAAGGCCUUGUUAAGUAAAGCUCUUCCACAACCCAAAAGGCCCUAUUCAGUUCAGAUGAUUGAAAAGAGAGCUGCUGCUAUCAAGAGAAUUGAAACUGAACCACCUAUGCCUGAUAUACCUGUAGUGGAUACUGUGAGAAAUGAUGAAGAUGAAGAAAUGGACUUGGAAGAUUUUGAACAAACUGAGACUUCAACCACAUGUGAUGUGAUUUUAAUUGAAGAUGAUGUGGAUAGCAGCAAGAGUCCUGACCCUGAAGUGUUAGUCACGCUUGCCAAUUGGUUACAAUCGCCGGAUGGAGGUAAAAAAGAUGAGAAAACAGCAAAACAACAUGUGUCACAGAUAAAAAACAUUUUAUCUCUGAUUGAUGCUGAAAGAAGGGUAAUGUCGCUUUUCGAUUGCUCCCUACUGAAUGACAAAUUCGUAAAGUAUGCGGAACAGAAGUACGUCCCUCAAACAAUCAAAUCGUACUUCAUGAGCCUGCGUCAUUUCUACAGCUAUGUUUUAGCAGAAAAGCCAGUAAUUGAUGCCACAACCGAGCUGGUUACUCAGAUGAUAGAAAAGGUAAAGAGAUGGUCUUCUUCCUACAAGAGAUCUAGCCAGAAAAGAAAGUGGGAAAAGAUGGAAGAAGACAGGGUUGAACUUGUUACACCUGAAAAAAUCCAGCAGUUUGAAAGAAGUCAGACUGGCAGGGAUGCUGUCAUUUUGCUGGGAAAAUUGAGUGGAGCACACAGUAUUGAGAUCACCCAAAGUCACUAUACUCUUCUGAGGGACUUUUUCUUCUCGUGCAAAUUUCGAUCGACAAUGCAAACCGGGCAGGAGUGCUGUCAAACAUGA